AUGCGGCCUUCUGACUUCGCAGAACGCGACCUCGACGAGGUCGUCGAGGAGUUGACCACAGACGAGGCGAUCCUGCUUACUGCUGGUGUCGGAUUCUGGCACACGCACGCUGUACCGCGCUUGGGUAUCCCCGCAGUCAAGGUCAGCGAUGGCCCGAACGGUAUUCGCGGCAACCACUUCUUCAUGAGCACGCCCGCGAAGUGUCUUCCGUCCGCGACCGGCAUGGCUGCGACGUUCGACACCGCGCUCAUGCAGCGCGUCGGGCUCGAGCUGCUCGCAGAAGAGGCGAAGCUCAUGCAGGCGCCCGUUCUGCUCGGCCCAACGUGCAACACCCAGCGGAACCCGCUCGGGGGGCGCUCGUUCGAGUCGUUCUCCGAGGACCCGCACCUCGCGGGCAUGAUGGCGGCAGCGUACAUUAAGGGCCUGCAGUCGGGCGGGAUCGGCGCGUGCAUCAAGCACUUCCUCGGGAACGACAAGGAGAACGACCGGUUCGGGUACGACUCGAUCAUGUCCGAGCGUGCGUUGCGCGAGAUCUACGCGAUGCCGUUCAUGCUCGCGCAGAAGUAUGCGCAGCCGUGGUCCUUUAUGACUGCGUACAACCGGGUAAACGGAACCCAUGUGUCCGAAAACAAGCAUAUCAUUCAGGACAUCCUCCGAAAGGAGUGGGCCAGUGACGCGACCGUCAUGAGCGACUGGUUCGGCGUCUACUCGAUUGACCACUCGAUCAACGCUGGCCUGGACCUGGAGAUGCCCGGCACAAACAAGUGGCGGACGCUCGACCUCAUGAACCGCUCCAUCCAGAGCCGGAAGAUCACCAAGCGCACUGUCAAGGAGCGCGCGCGCAAGGUGCUUCAGCUCGUCCAGAAAUGCGCGAAGGGCGCACCUGAGAUUCUCGACGGCGAUGGGAUAGAGCGCACGGGCGACAUCGAGCAGGGCCGUGACCUUAUGACCAAAUUCGCGAGUCAGGCCAUCGUGUUGCUCAAGAAUGAGGGAGACAUUCUCCCGCUGAAGCCGAAGGAGCAAGGUCUGAAAAAGAUCGCGAUCGUCGGUGGCAAUGCGAAGGCCAUCGUCCUCAGCGGCGGUGGCUCGGCUGCAUUGAAGCCCAGCUUCUUCACCACCCCCUUCGAUGGUAUCGUCCAGGCUCUCGGGAAGGUCGCCUCCGAUGUCGAGAUCACCUACUCCGAGGGUGCUCGGGCAUACAUGCAGAUGCCGACGCUGGAGAACGAUAUCGUAACCGAAGACGGCCGGAAGGGCUGGAUCGGCACCUUCCACUCGCACGAGAGCGAUGACAGCAUGGUGGCCAUCGACAAGCCCCUCGUAACGCGAUACGUCGACGAGACCCGUGUCUUCUUGAGCACGGACUACCCCAAGGAGCUCACGAAGAGGUUCUCGUUGCGUCUGCGCGGACAGCUCAAGCCGCGUGACCACGACUGCAAGUUUGAGUUCGGUCUCAUCUCCGCCGGGCGCGCAAAACUAUACGUUGAUGGAAAACUCGUCAUCGACAACUGGACCAAGCAGGAGCGUGGAGAGGCCUUCUUCAACAGCGGCUCGACCGAGGAGUACGGCACCAUCGACGUCAAGGCCGGCGUCUCGUACUCCAUCUACGUCGAGUACGCCAACGUCCGCGCACCCGCGCCUAACGACCCCGACGAGGCGAUCAUGGAUGCCAACGGCGGCGUCCGUCUUGGCGGCGCGGAGGUGCAGCACCCCGACGAGCUCAUGGCGAGCGCCGUCAAGCUCGCGGAGGAGGCGGACGCAGUCAUCGCCGUCGUCGGGCUUAACGCGGACUGGGAGACGGAGGGCUACGACCGGACGACGCUCGCGCUGCCCGGGCGGACGGACGAGCUCGUGCGCAAGGUCGCCGCGGCGAACAAGCGCACGAUCGUCGUGACACAGAGCGGGUCGAGCAUCACGAUGCCGUGGGCGGAUGAGGUGCCGGUGAUCGUGCACGCGUGGUACCUCGGAAAUGCGACUGGAGACGCUAUCGGAGAGGUACUUUCCGGGAGGGUGAACCCGAGCGGCAGGCUCAGCUUGUCGUUCCCGAAGGCGCUCGCGGACGUGCCGAGCCACGGCCACUUCCACACCGAACAUGGUGCUGUUCGCUAUGGCGAGGACCUCUUUGUGGGCUACAAGCACUACCACCACCGGAACAUUGAGCCCCAGUGGCACUUCGGGCACGGUCUCUCGUACACAACCUUCGAGUACUCCGACCUGUCUAUCACCGAACCGGAGGUAUCGAACGGCGAGAUCGCCCUGACUGCGUCCGUAAAGAUCACGAACACGGGCUCCGUGGCCGGCACGGACGUCGUGCAGCUCUACGUCUCGUACCCGACGACGUCCGAGCUCACGCACCCGCCACUCAUGCUUAAGGCGUUCGCGAAGGUGUUCGACCUUGCGCCGGGGAAGAGCGAGGUCGUGAAGCUGGCGCUCGACAAGUACGCGGUGUCGUACUGGGAGGACCGCAUCUCGCGCUGGGUCGUCGACCCUGGCGUGUACGUCGCGCGGGUCGGCCGGAGCAGCGCGCCGAAGGCGCUUACGCUUUCCGCCGAGUUCAAGGUGGCGAAGCGGCUGGAGUGGAACGGGUUGUAAAUGGACGCGGUUGUAGGAUAACAGAACUCACCGGCAUCACGUAAUAUCACCGAGACAUACCUAUCUAGACAGCGUUGAACGCUUUCAGUGUGCUAUUGACCAACGUUACUUAAUCUGAAUGUGCAUUGAGUCGG